CAAGUACCGAGAAAGCCAAAAAUAAAAAAUUCGUUCUCGGAUACAUGAUUUGCCAAAGGAAGCCCAACUUGGCAGCGUCACUCAAAAUUUCCUUCCUUUCGCCCACACCAGAAUAAAAAUAUUUUUUUUUGCUCUCCCACACUUUGUCGCACAUUGCCUGCAAAAUCGGUAGCCCAUGUUUAGACCCACUUCCAACCGUCUAGCCUUCACAGCUCGCACGAGCUUUUAUCAACUAUGGCGGCGGUCACUUGCUCCCUCAUUUGUAGCUCUUCGCCCAAUCACCGCUCGCCAGGAGCUCCUGCUUCAUUCCAGCGCAAAGGCACCUUUACAACAGCCCCAGGUGUCCAUCCCCACACAUGCAACUGAAGAUGCUACAUAUGUAGAAACUUCCAAAUCUGCUCCUAAAGAGCCACAAGAAGAUACUGAUACAGAUUAUAACUUUGUGGUUGCCGCGGCUUGGCACCCCAAGAAUCGCGGUCGUAAAUCCAAAGAUACAGCAGAAAAAACUCCCUACUGGAAACGUACUCAAGUAGGCAAAGUUGAUGCUGGUGAAGAUGCUUUUUUUCACACAAGUACUCGCAAAGGCUUAGCCGUAGGUGUUGCUGACGGAGUAGGUGGAUGGGCUGAAGUUGGUGUUGACCCUGCCUUGUUCUCUUGGACUCUCAUGAACAAUUGUGCAAGUAUCGCCAAAGAUUUGGAGUCUGUAAACGCACAUGAUAUUCUUGACAACGCUUUCACUGAAUUGGUUGAUCGCAGAAUGGUCCAAGCCGGAAGUAGCACAGCUUGCAUUUUGGAAAUGUGCAAAAAGACUGGAUAUAUGACCAGUUGUAACUUGGGCGAUAGCGCGUUCAUUUUGAUCCGUGAUCAAAAGAUCGUCUUCGAAAGCCCAAGCCAGCAGCAUUUCUUUAAUUGCCCGUAUCAGUUGACGGUGGUCCCAGACAACUACCCAAAUCGAGCCAGCUAUGUUACCGACCUUCCAAAGGAUGGAGACCGCAAAUCGUUCUUCUUGCGCAAUGGAGAUUUGAUCAUACUCGCCACCGAUGGUUACUUUGACAACGUGUUUUCCCACGAAACCUUACAAAUUGUGAAUGCACAUAUGGGACACAUUGCUGAUACUGGCAAAAGUGAGGAUUCCCUCGCACAUAUCCGAGUCUUGGCAAAGCUGUUGACUGACGCUGCACGACGUCUCUCUCUGGAUCCUAAGCGACUAAGCCCUUGGGCUAAAGGUGCUCGUGCCCAUGGCGGCCAUUAUAGAGGUGGCAAGGUUGACGAUAUUACUUGCAUUGUUACGCUAGUGCAACAAAAACAUCUCCAAGAAGAUUUGGACUGAAUGAAGAAAAAUUGUCCUCCUGUAAAUAGCUUCGCUUGAAUUGAAUUCACCACCAUCUCUUUUUGCUUUAUCUAGAAGUUCAUUUCUCAAUUCCAGUUGUAAAAAAUACCAUAACAAUAAUAUUCGCACUUUUUUGCUUUUUCACACAACAAUGGAAAUGCCUCUAUUUAGAACUCAUUAUGAGCAGUACAUUACGGAAUAUUGCUUCGUCGGUCUAGAUAGGUUUAUUUUUUGGCCUUAUACGAUCGGUUCGAUUUUACAUAUUGUUUACAUUCGUUCACCCUGCAGAGUUACAACAACUUUACGGGAACCGCCAUGAUCUCUGUGUUCACAGAGCCAGAUACUAUGGAGUGCAAGAAAGAUUAGCAAACAAAC